CGUAGCUAAGGGUAAAAACUCUAAAACAAUAGCAAUAGACAAAACACUAUGGCAUGUUGCUCAAAGGGAAAAUUCCAGGAAACCAAUAUGAGGAAAGUCCCUCUGACUUCCUCUGGAGAAAUGCAUGAACCCAGUCAGAGUCUGGAAAUGAGACACACAUAUUUACCAAUGAAGGAGCUGGUCCAAUAAAAUAUAUCACCUCACCCACUUUGUCUCUCCAAUAUCCUGGGACCCACAUGGCUUCUACUACACUGCACACAAUGAAAGAUUAUUUUUAGAUACACCCAAUGGCAAACACAGAUUGGGGAAAUCAAACGUCCAUCACAGAAUUCAUCCUCCUAGGAUUCAGGGAUCUCCCUGAUCUGGAAAUCUUCCUCUUCCUACUGUUUCUACUGAUCUACAUUGUGACUGUGUCUGGGAACAUCCUAAUCAUUGUGCUAGCUAUCACUGAUCGAAACCUUCACACCCCCAUGUACUUCUUCCUGGGGAACUUGUCCUGUUUGGAGACCUGCUACACCUCAACCAUCCUGCCCAGAGUUCUGGCCAGUCUCCUGACUGGGGACAAGACCAUUUCCAUCAGUGAUUGUGCAGAAUGCUAUCUGCUAGCGGUGAUGUCUUAUGACCGGUUCUUGGUGAUAUGUAAACCGCUGCAUUAUGCAGUCCUCAUGAAUGGCAGGUUCUGCCUGCAGCUAGCAGCAGGGUCUUGGAUAAAUGGAUUUCUGGCCAUAACCAUGGUAAUAGUUCUUAUGUUACAAUUAAUUUUCUGUGGCCCCAAUGAAAUUGAUCAUUUCUACUGUGAAUCCACAGAAAUACUUAACCUUUACUGUAGUGACACCAACCAGAUAGAUCUUGUCAUUACCUUCCUGGCUGCUAUAUUCACUCUGCCCCCAUUUGUAUUAACCGUGGCAUCCUAUGUAUGUAUCGUCAUCACCAUCUUGAGAAUUCCUUCCACCACCGGGAGACAGAAGGCCUUUUCCACUUGCUCCUCUCACCUCAUUGUGGUGACAAUUUUCUAUGGGACCAUAAUGAUUCUCUACAUGCUACCAAAAACCAACACACUGAGAGCCCUGAACAAAGUGUUCUCUGCCUUCUACACAGUUCUGACUCCUAUGGCCAAUCCCUUCAUAUACAGCCUGAGAAACACAGAGGUGAAGGAGACUAUAGGAAAAAUGAUCAGUAAAUGUCUAGAUUUUACAAGAAAUCAGCAAUCACAUGGGUUUUUUCUUUCUGUAUAAAGCGAAAAUGGUGAGAUGCACAGCUGAUUCAUUGUUUUAUUGAGAUAGAUCCUGUGUGGUCCCUAGUGCUGGCUAGGUCUUUGGGAAUGUGCUACUGCCAUAUUUCAGGACCUGCAAUGAUUUGAAAUGGUAAGAUCAGUCAAUGCUAGGAUCUUUAUUUUAUAAUACAUGUUUUGAGUUAGGAAAUUCCAUACACCGUCGUCAUCAAUCCCUGGGACUUUGAGGAUGAUUGUUUUCCUAUAAAAUGAUAGCCGGUUAUUGAUGGUGGACCCACCGGUGACUAAUGAGGCCUAUCCAGGAUUAACAGAGCUUGUCAGAGUUGGGGGAGACAUUUCCCAUUGGAAGGGGUGGAUCUGGAUUGUUAAAUCGGGCUGCAGCACAUUCUUUCCUUCUUUUCUGGUUCUCUGUUUCCUGUUGUCUCCAUUGGAUAUCAAAAUACUGGCAUCCUUACCACAAAAUCCUUUUCUAUUUUGGUCGAUCAAGGGCUUGGGUUUCCCUUGGGUUUAUGUCAACAUUGCACUUCUCCAUGCCAACUUUGAGAGUGUUUUUAAGCACUUUUUUGCCUGCCCCCUCCAUACACUAAGCCCAUAUAAGAAUAUAGUAGAAAAGAACUAUUUACACUCAGAUUUUCAAAGGAUUCUAGAGGAUUAGGUGUUCAGCUUUCAAUGCGACUUAGUUACUCCAUUGAAAAUCCAUCUGAAUGACAAAAUAUUUGAAAGCAUACAUUUAUUUUUGGGUGUCUUCGUGAUUGGGUAGCCCCACUUGAGACAGCAAGAUUUUUCAGAGUGCACAGAAUUUUCAUAGCCUGUUGUAUUUUCAAUGUUGGGAAAUGGUCAGUUCAUGUCACCCUAUCUAGCUACAUUACCAGGUGCUCACGAGAAUACUAACUGAACAAUCCACAGUCAUUAAUAAUGGGAUACCUCAAGAAAGAAUUGCUUGUUGACACAGAUAGCAACUAUGUGAAUUUGAAGAAAUUUGGAUCCUGUUUUUUGAAACAUUGGUAUAAAGAAUGAUGAAAUAAUGCCAGACUUCAGCCUGGUCUACACUAUGAGUUUAAUUCGAAUUUAGCAGUGUUAAAUCGAAUU